CACCAUUGCGCACCGCGAUGUGACAGAAGAGGAGCGACUUUCCUCGUGGAGCGUUGCAUUGGGAUAUUUUCGGAACCCCGUGUGCGCGUUGGGAUAAUUUGGAGGAUCCAAUGUAGAAUUUGCUGUUUGAGGAGAUGCCUCUGUGCAAUAACUGCGUCUUCUCCGGGCUACUCUGGGUUUGUAUUAACCAGGAGCGUUACGCACAGCAUAUCUCCAUGUGUUCGAGGAAGGCAACUCGGCGCAUCUAGUCGUCGGAAAGGAAAAAGGGUGCCAAACAACAAACAUGAGACGAAAGGACAAAUCGGAGACACAAUGGAUUUAACCCAGUUAAAUGUGUCGGUGGAAAACGUUUCCAACAACGACAACAGUACGGACGCACCGCUUGGCUUGCUACACACGGCGGCAGCCACUGCGCUGAUCAUCAUUGUGGUUACUGUGAUCAUCACGUUGACCAUUGUCGGUAACGUGUUGGUGAUUGUAGCGGUGCUGACCAGCCGAGCUCUUCGUGCGCCCCAGAACCUUUUCCUGGUCUCUCUGGCAUCAGCGGACAUCCUCGUCGCCACACUGGUCAUCCCCUUCUCCCUCGUCAAUGAGGUCAUGGGCUACUGGUACUUUGGUAGCACUUGGUGCGCCUUCUACCUGGCUCUGGACGUGUUGUUCUGCACCUCAUCCAUCGUACACCUGUGCGCCAUCAGCCUGGACCGAUACUGGUCAGUGACAAAGGCGGUCCGCUACAACCUGAAGCGGACACCUAAGCGCAUCAAGACCAUGAUCGUUGUAGUGUGGGUAAUAUCUGCCGUCAUCUCCUUCCCGCCUCUUCUCAUGACCAAACACGAUGAGCGGGAGUGCUUGCUGAACGACGAGACCUGGUACAUCCUCUCCUCCUGCAUGGUGUCCUUCUUUGCUCCGGGUCUUAUCAUGAUUCUGGUUUACUGUAAGAUCUACAAGGUGGCCAAGCAGCGCUCCUCCACCGUGUUCGUGGCCAAGAAUGGCUUGGAGAGGCAGCCCUCUGAGUCUGAGACCUGUUUCGCCAGGAAGGACCGGUUCGAGACGGAGAGCCCCAGUAGCCAGAGCUCCGGCAGCCACCAGCCGAGGCAGGGUGAGCUGGAUGAUAUUGACCUGGAGGAGAGCUGCUGUCCGGCGGACACUAAACCCCGCAAUCAUUGCUUCACCAAACGGAGAAAGGUGGAGGGGUCAGACUGCUGCCCGCCUCAGAACUGCCGUCUCUCCUGGGCUUCAUCACGGGCGUUGCAGCUCUACCCGGAGCAGAAGAACCCCGUAGGGCGACAGCAACAACUGGCAGCGGCCAAUAAGACCAAAGUGAGCCAGAUGCGGGAGAAACGUUUCACCUUCGUGCUGGCGGUCGUUAUGGGGGUCUUUGUGCUUUGCUGGUUCCCCUUCUUCUUUACGUACAGCCUCCACGCUCUCUGCAGAGACAGCUGCUACAUCCCUGUCGCACUUUUCAACCUUUUCUUUUGGAUCGGCUACUGCAACAGUUCUGUAAACCCCAUAAUUUACACAAUUUUCAACAGGGAUUUCAGGAAAUCCUUCAUGAAAAUCAUCUGCAGAACUUCAAAACGCACGCAAACAUAGAACAGAGAUCUGUUUGGCCUCUUUCAUGCAAUGCUGGGAGUUAUUGGCACUCAUUCUUCUUGAUUGACUGUUCCCCCGCCACAAAUUCAUUAUUCAUUAUUCAAUACUAUCAUAUUGGAAGAAGAAAAAAACAGUGUUGUUUGCACAUAUACAAAGUCUGUGAAUACAAUUCUAAGUCGAGCAACACAACAACAACAAAUACAUUUCUAGUCAAUCAGUGUCGCAAAUUGUCAGUAAUUUAAUCAGAUGCAUUUCUGCCACACUAGUUGUAAUAUGUCUGUAAUUGUAUAAUAAGUCCUGAAAACAUGUAGGCUACGUUUGAUCAUAAAAUCACUCAUGCUGCAGCAAGCAGGAGGAAAGAAAAAAUUGAAGUCAUGAAUAGCUGGAUUCCGGCGCUGCAGCUGGAUAGCAGUGGGUGUUUUGUGUAAAGAUAAAAAGGAGAUUAAUCUCCACCAUCCAUAGCAUAUGAGCAUGGGGAUUAGGAGACAAGCUAGUAUGGCCUGUGAUUGUGUCUCACAGCAAAAUCCAAAUUAAAUCCAAUAUAGAACAAAUGGUUAAAUUAUUUUAUCAUUUUGUCUAGAAUGUAGCAUUGUAGACAUGUUUGGCAUAACUUCAGGUAUUUUGGACACACUUUUAUUUUUGCUUGCUGCAGUGAAAGCUACAGCAAGACAGCCAUUUCCAUCAGUGAACCCCCCAAAUUUAUGAGAGUCUAAUAUCACACCACCUCACACCAGAACAACGGCCAAGCUGAGGCCUGCGUGUAUACAAUCUAUUGGACAAAUCUGUGAGUUUUUAUUUCAACAGUUCACAAUAUCUCAGUAUCUUUUCAGUCAAUAUUUAAAACAUUUAAGAGCAAUACUAUGCAACACAACAUUAUUUCUAGGUUAUAUAGUCUCGCAAAUAAUACUUUCAUUGUGUUGUAAAAUCUAUAUAUUUCACUCUCUUACAGAUAAAAUGUGAAUGGUAAGAUGAGAAAAAUAAUUUCCAGUAGAUUUGACUGACCAUGACAUUGCAUGCCAGAGGAUUGUAAGGAUAAUCACGCGUGGAAAAAGCUACAUAGCGUAUUCAAAAUACCAUCUCUGAAGAUAGUGUGGGAAGAUCUGGAUCUCCAUGCAGCAUCAAAUCUCCUUGGUUCAAUAAUAGAGCUGCAAUUUAUUAUAGUCAACCCUCUGGCCCCUCAGCUUUAUAAAGCUGGUCUUAUCAUAGGAAAAAGUCCUACACAUUUUGGCUUCAACUAAGCUAUAACUUCUUGAAAAUAUGUACACGUAAUUCACAGGAGAAAUGAGCUGCUUCGUGGUGCAUCUGGGAUAUAAAGUGUAUGUGAAAUGUUGUAUAUAAAAACUUGCAUGAGAAGUUCUUGCGCUUCUUUGUAAAAACUUGGCAUAGUGAAAAAAAGGUUGACCAGCUCCAUAUCAGCCUACUGUCUCCAUGGGGGUGCGGGGGAAAGAUACACUAUUUAUAUCCUUCUAGGAAUGUCUUCAAAGCAGUCCUACGGCUCAGUGGCGCCGUGCCAAAGACAAUCAAGCUGUUUGAGGGGUGUCAUGCUCGAAAGGAAUGUUUUUUAGUUGUAUCAAAUGUUUCUUGUGCUGAGGGUGUUGUUGAAAUAUCAUCGAGGGAAACAAGAAUGAAGGUGGUUGCAUAUCUGCUCUUGACGCACGGCUCCAUUUUAUUCAUGAACAGAAUGAAGUAGUCUUGAGAAAAGUGCAGCUGGCGAGAGAGAGAAACAUCUUUCUCAAAGGGAUUCACAAAGUCUUGAAUCAAAUGAAAUGUCAAUGCCACAGGUAGCGGUAAAAUGAGCUAUGUGUCUUUAUCUUGAAUAAUCAUGGGAUGAAAGUGGUGUUAAUGGUGUUGGGACUUGCGUAACUUGAUGUUGUUGUGUUUGCAACUUCAUUUCAACAUAGACAGCAAUGUUAUUGUCCCGGGAGGAAUUCAUAUUAUUUUCUUCCUGAUUGUAUACCGAUUACUGUCCAAUACGACAUGUAACUCCCUUGUUCAAUCUCACUUCCCAAUUUAAUUAUCUUUCUCAUCAACCUCUCACUGCUCAAAUGGAGCAAAGUGCUUUUAAUCAGCUGUUCGUGUUUUCUGGUCACCAUUAGUCAUGUGUAAUUUCUCCAGUCCGAAUCGAGAGACCUACGCGCAGAGCAGCAUGCUAUGUCAUAUUAUGUUAAAUUUCACUUGAAGAAACAAAACAAAAUCUUCACACAACUAAACACAGAUCCCUCACAAUCCUUCACUAUGAGAUACAUGCUCUGCUAAUUGCAUUUGUAUUCAAGACAACAGUAGUGUUGUUUGUGCUCUGAUUUUCAGCCAAGUGAACCUUUUAUUUAUCCCAGACUGUAAACAAAGUUGGAGACUCAGCUGUGGCGCCCCUCAACCUCCCAACUUCUCUUAAUGAGAGCAACAGACCAACUGGACAGAGUUGAAACAUUUCCUGGUGUGGGAUGCUGAAGGGAACGCUUUAUUUGGGCCUUUUAAAGGGGAAGAAUAGUGGACCGUCAGAGCCAGCUGCCAGGGCUUUUUAGGGUCUGCAGUGCGGGCGAGGCUAUUUACAGUCACAUGAGUCGGUGGAGAUGUGGUUAUAAAUGUCUCAAGAUGGGUGCAGCAUCUUAGGAUGUGAGAGAGAGAAUGAUGCUGCGUGUUGUCCUCUGCUACAUUACCUUGUUAAUCAGGCACAGUGCGACAUAUGCAGGUAAUUGCUUUUUUUCAAUCUUUAAUAAGAUAAGCGUUGGAGGUGAGCCCGGCCCAAACUGGCCUCAAUCACAGUGAGCUCCGUAUCUCGAGGAAUAGCCAGUUUAUGUCAUUAGUGGAAAUCCGCUGGUGUCAAAGCGAGAGCGGGACAGAGCUCACUGCCUGCAGGCUGUUCUAGCACAUUGUCCUGUUUGAGACCUGAGUGUGUGACUUGGGGUGUCGAAGGAAAUCAUAAAACUGCAGUGCUCACCUCAAGAUGGCAGUCAGAUUACUGGCCUCUGUUUUUUGUAUGUACACAUAUACAGAUGUGUGUCCUCCACACCUCUUGGUUAGACCAGGCAAGUAGAUAGUAUACUCACUCGAAGAAUUUUACAUUUCCAUUGGAAAUUUUAAGAUUUAUUUAAAACAUAUAUAUUUAAUAAAUAGAUCAGCUUUAAAGGAAGCGUGAUGUUUUUCUCUAUUUCUUUUGAUUCCAAGAAACAAACAAAAGCGCCAAUGCAACCAUGUCUCCUUAUAAAAUACGUUCUCAUCCAAAUUAACUGAACUUUCAAUUUUCUUCUGGACCAAACGGUUGCAAUUUGAAACUGUUAGAAACAUGUGUGUCUCCUCGAUUGUUCUGUUGCCUGCCUUGUUCCUGCAUAUUUAACUAGUUAUAAAAGCAGUUAUUCAAAGAGAAAUGUGCCUGUAUCCCUCUGUUUAUAUUUAUUCCCAUUCCUCAGUGAGUAUUGUAUAUUGGUUACAAAAAAUAUUUGUAUGUAAAAAUGUUGCCACUUCACUUUAUUUCCAAGUCUUUGCAGUUACAUAUUGUUCAUCCCGUUUACAGAAAUGAACAUUCAAGGAAUUCUCGCUGCUUGAUAAACACCUCAAAGGUCUCAGAAAACAGAUGUUAUGGUACCGUACACAUGUGAACAUUGUCUUGUACUGUAUUAUUUGUCUUUAGUGGGAGAAAUUGUAUUCAUCUCCACACACUCUAUUUCAUAAAGUGAACGUGCUUCCUCA